AUGGCAGCAGCCGGUGUUUGGCUGUCGGCGCUGUUGUGGCUCGGCGCCUCAGCUGGACGCACUCUCCUCAUCAACGACUCCUCUCUGCUCCCCGGCACGGAGACUUUUCUCAACAUGUCGGGACGGUCCGGGAACCGCACCUCCUCCUUCUCGGGCUUCUUCCUCCUGGACUUUGACGAGGGUUUGCUGGAGGACUGGCGCUCCCUGGCCGACAGGACGAGCAGCGGGAAGGAGGCGCAGGACGGCGGCGUGAAGGCGCUGCUCGUGGCCGCAUACUCCCUCAUCAUCGUGGUGUCUCUGUUCGGGAACACGCUGGUGUGCCAUGUGGUGGUGAAAAACAAGCGCACCCAGUCCUCCACCAGCCUGUUCAUCCUGAACCUGGCCGUGGCUGACAUCUUCAUCACCGUCCUCAACACACCUUUCACCCUGGUCCGCUUCGUAAACAGCACCUGGGUGUUUGGGAGGACCAUGUGCCACAUCAGCCGCUUCGUGCAGUACUGCUCCCUGCACGUCUCCACCCUCACCCUCACUGCCAUCGCUUUGGACCGACGGCAGGUGAUUUUACAUCCCCUCCGACCACGCAUGACUCCAUCACAGGGAGGUGUUUGGGUCUCUCUUAUCUGGAUAAUGGCCACCUGCUUCUCCCUCCCACAUGCAAUCUACCAAAAACUCCUGACGUUCACCUACAGUAAAGAAAAGGAGCGAAGCCUGUGUGUCCCAGACUUCCCAGAGCCGUCAGACGUCUACUGGCAGUACAUUGAUCUCCUGACCUUCAUCCUGCUGUACGUGCUGCCGCUCGUCAUCAUCACCGCCUCCUACACUACAGUGGCCCGCCGGCUGUGGCGCCAUAACGCCAUCGGUGACACGACGACCGCCCAGCACGCCACUCAGAGGAGGAAGCGCCGCAGAACGUUGGCCAUGCUGCUCCUGGUGGUGGGAGUGUUCGCCGUCUGUUGGUUCCCCCUCAACUGCUACGUGGUGCUGCUCUCGAGCCAGACCAUCCACUCCUCCAACGCUCUGUACUUCUGCUUUCACUGGCUGGCCAUGAGCUCCACCUGCUACAACCCGUUCAUCUACUGCUGCCUGAACCCCACCUUCCGCCAGGAGCUGCGGCUCCUCUUCGACAGGUGCCGGUGGAGGCGGAGAGUGGCGGUUGGCCUGGAGCCGGAGCAUCGCCCCGCGGUCGCCUGCGCUCCCUGCCACCGAGCCGCCUGGCCAGACAACCGCGAGUCCUCGAGGCCGAGCCACGCUCUGUCCCACCUGGGCCAGGGUUCUUUGCAGCAGAGCCACGCGUCGUCAAGCCACUCCCACAACCUGAAGGACGCGCACGUGCUGUUCAUGGCCAGGCAGGCCCUCACAGGGAGAACAGACAUCCUGUCAGUGGAGCCCAUCGUGGCUGAGAGAUAA